CCAAGAAAACAAAACAGAAGGCGGUUUGAGGAGGACCAGAUUCGACUACAUCGGAGAAGAAGGUAGAUAGUUUGGUAAUUUUGCGUCUAGUGCGGAAGGUGGACUUGAUCGCUUUAUAAAAGAGGCAGCAGCCAGCAGAUUUCUCAAUCCCGCAAGAAACUGUGUGUUUGUGAGACAGAGAGAGCGAGGGAGAGGGAAGCGCGAAGGUCCAUCCUCCUCGUCUCGACUCGCAGCUUUCUUCCGUCGUUUCUCAUCUUUUUCAUCAAUGGCUUCCCGAUGGUUGAGACCCGAGGUCUAUCCUCUCUUUGCUGCCGUCGGGGUUGCCGUUGGCAUCUGCGGGUUCCAAUUGGUUCGUAAUAUCUGCAUCAACCCCGAAGUGAGGGUUAAUAAGGAAAACAGAGCUGCAGGAAUCUUGGAGAACUUUUCCGAAGGGGAAAGAUAUGCUGAACAUAGUCUAAGGAAGUUUGUUCGGAACAGAGCUCCAGAAAUCAUGCCCUCACUCAACAGUUUCUUCGCUGAUCCAAAAUGAGUUCAAAUAAACGUGUAUGUGAACGAGACAUUAUCGCAGUAUUUGUCUCUGCAUUUUACUUGACUGUUUUCUCAUUUUUCAAAUUGGAAACGUGUUUCCAAUGUGGCAACUGAGUGGCUCCUAAGCCAAUUUGGUCAUUGAUGCCAUGUUUUAAUUGUUUGCUUGUUAUCGAACUCAAGUUUGAAUCUUACAGGACCCUUGAUAGUCCUUUUCUUGUGCA